UUUGGAUGCCACCAUAUUCAGCUGUGCAAUCCCUUAUCAGACUUAUAGACUGUCAGCUUGAAUAUAUGUUGACUGCAUGGACUCACAACGCGGAAUUACCAGACUUCCUUGGAAAGGGGUGCCUAACAAAGGACGCUUUCACGGGUAAUAUCAGUUAUGACUUUGGAAAAGAAAGUUACAUCGACAAAAUAGAUGAUCUUCUUCAGAUAGAUGAAGAUCUUCUAUCACAAAAAAUAGGAAGAGGUAAGAAGAAGGCGAAGUCCAAAAGAAAUCUAGACAACUGUACGCCACAGAAGGAAGUCUGCGUAAAGCGCAAGUCACAGAGACCUACCCCAAGGAAAAUGAAGAGAUCGCAAUGUGUGAAGGCACUACAGCUCCAACCUGAAACAGAAUCAUAAAGGAACCCCAAAAAGUCUGGAAGCCAGAAAGGGAAAGGGACUUCAUACGUCCCAUCCCAAUAUCCAUGACGUCAGAGAGGGAAAGGGACAUCACAUGUCCCAUUCCAAGAACCAGGACACCAGAGAGGGAAAGGGACACCAUAUGUCCCAUCCCAACAGUAAGGAAAGUCAGCAUACAUGAACCAAGAGAGUCUGAACAAAUUAGAUCCUACUCAGAUGUUUGCAGAUCCAUAAGUGUCAGGGAACGUCAUUCGGAAACGUCUGUUACAACGUACUUGGAUUUUAAUAGGAGCUAUCAAUAGUAGAGACAUUAUGCAAAACUGAGUGACGAGUUUGACAAUAUGUGACCACUUUUAGUAUACAUUUAAAAAGACAAUAAUAUAAUUAUGAAUGUUACUCUGUGGGAUGAAAUGAUUGCUAAUUUCGUUUUUCAAGACACGUGUAGACACGCAGCGAACUUUCAGUGUAAAUAAAUAUUUUUCUGUUUGAUGAACUGAAAUUUUAAGAAGAUGUGAAUCGUGUUUAGUAUUAAGAAACAUCUGGAUAUUACAAAGUGUGAUAUACUCUACUUUGAAGGAUACGUAAGUGUUGUAUAGUAUGAAGAAAGUACAGAUAUUACAAAAAUGUGAUAAACUGUACUUUAAAGGAUACAUAAAUGGUGUAUAGUGUUAAGAAAGCAUGGAUAUUACAAAAUGUGAUAAACAGUAUUUUUAUUAAAGGGUACAUAAAUGGAGAAAAAAAGCAUGGAUAUACCAAAAAUGUGAUAUACUGUACUUUGAAGGAUACAUGGAUGGUGUAAAGUAUUACGAAAGCAUGGAUAUUACAAAAAUGUGAUAAACUGUACGUUGAAGGAUACAUGGAUGGUGUAAAUAUUAUAAAGUUUAAUAAGAAACAAUGGAUACUACAAAUAUUUGAUAGACUGUUCUUUGAUGGAUACAUCGGAGGCAGAAUGUUUAAUUAGUAUAAAGAAACUAAAAAUAUUAUGAAAAUGUGUUUUUAACAGACUGGGUUCAAUCACUAAAUAUAUCCCGAUCGGGCUAUAGUAGUAUUUCUUUAAAAUGUACAUUUUUGUUAGUUUAGUUUUUAAUAAUGAUUUCACUUAACAACUAUUUUACCAUAAAGCUAACACCAUCUGAUCAGUUUGAAAAUAAAAGGGCACUUUAAAAAGGAGAAAAAGAAUCUGCCCCAUGUCGGAUUCGAAUCCAUGUGGCAUCAGGUAUUGACUGACAAUGAACGUUAAGCUAACUUACGCGUUAGAACACGUUUCUAUCAAUAUUUCACAAAAAUAAAAUAAUGGUUAUAAUAGUCUUAAUGUUAAAAGAUCUGGAUUGAUAAUGUAGAGGUAAAUGUAUUUAUCUAAAUUGCGCAAAAUCUUGAGCUUAAUGUAUUUAAAAAUACGACAAAAGUAGUGUAUAAGCUGCAAGCAGAUCAAGAAAAUAAUUUUUAUAAAAAAAGUUUGCGUAUUCCGUCACGUUCUGAUUUUGAAAUUAUUGUAGUGAAUAAACAAUAAUUUACCAGUGAAUCAUAAAUUUAGACACCAAUGGAAUGUGCAAACUUCAUUUUUUCCAAUUAAGAUAAAUAUUUCUUUACCCAUUCAACUUUUGAGAUAAAUUAAAAUAAAUGAUUGCACCCCAGCCUGUUUAAACUAUUACUCUUAUAUUAAAGAAGGUGUAUUUUCUCAAACGGUCAUUGCUAUGAAUAUAAGACCGGUUAUAUUUACCAUUUUUAUACUUUUUCUUUACAUGUAUCAUAUAACAGAAGGGAAUAGUAACAUUAUAUACUGUGAACUCAUUACAGUCCAAUAUUGAGUAAGAGAAUUAUUCAUAUCUAUGUCUAUUCAUAUCUAUGUUUUCAGUAAAAUAAAUUCAUAUUUAUGUUAUCAGUAAAAAUAUAAAUAUAAA